AGGAAGAGAGAGAGAGAGAGAUAGAAAGAGAGAGAGAAAGAAAGAUGACGGUGUUUCACUUCUUCAACUGUGCAAUUCUUACUUUCGGUCCUCAUGCCGUCUACUACUCGGCGACUCCAUUAUCCGAGUAUGAUACGCUUGGUACUUCCGUUAAAGCCGCGCUCGUUUAUCUUGGAGCAGCUCUAGUAAAGCUUGUAUGCAUAGCAACCUUUCUCAAAGUACCGGAGAACGAUAGUUUUGAUCCAUAUCAGGAAUUAUUGAAAGCUUUGAUUGGGUUUAUCGAUGUUGUUGGGCUGUACUUCGCUUUGACUCAGUUGACCCACAGAAACAUAUCGCAAAAUCAUAAAUUUCAAGCUGUUGGACUUGGAUGGGCUUUUGCCGAUUCUGUUCUACACAGACUAGCACCUCUCUGGGUUGGUGCAAGAGGCUUAGAAUUUACUUAUGAAUACAUUCUGCAAGGCCUCGAGGCAAAUGCAAAUCUGGUCUUAACUGUAUCUCUUGCUGCACUGGUAUCUUUGAUGUGGCUCCGGAAGAACAAACCCAAGACUUUGAUUCCUAUAAUUUAUGCAUGUGCUGGGAUCCUUGCAACUAUGCCAACUAUCACAAGCUAUCUCAGGCGAGGUUUGGGAUGGCACUUUCCAAAGGUGGUGGGCUUUGAACUUUUAUCUUCUCUUAUGAUGGCAUUUGUUAGUUGGCAACUUCUCUCUGCAUGUCAGAGACCUUCUGCCUAGAAACUGCUAUCCACCGGAGGAAGGUCCAACCCAUUUUAUUCGCAAGGGGAUUCAACGUUGAUUCCAACUCCACUGCUGAAGGAUCUCUAAGUUCCCAACAUAGAAUAAGUCUAUCCUCAUUCAAGUUCAAUGUUGAGGAACUCUCUUGUAAUUUUUUUUUCUGGUUUUCACUAACAAGCAGAGUCAUAUCUAUUUGCAGAAUUCCAAUUGCAGAUUUUAUACCCAGGUGGCCACAUCAUAUGAACUUUUCAUUGAGCCCAA